CCUUUCCCAGUAUGCCCAUGAGAGAGAAUCUUUAUGACUUGUCUGAGUGGUUGUAUACUCACCAAGAAGCAGAUUACGAGGUAGAGGGACUUGACAAAAGGGUGGCCAUGACACCAUGGUGCCGACUGCACAUCAAACAUUUAAUGCACAGAUUAACUGAAAUAAUAAGACAUAAUCCACUGAACACACCACAUUCAUUUUAUAACUUCAGAAUCUUAGAUAGCAUUGCAAUGAACCAAGAAUCCCUCAUAUCUGCGUGAGAAACGAACGCACCAAGUAUGUAAAUAACAACGCAAAAGCAGAAGGAAAGGGCACCAUGGUUGUGGUGGGGUCAUUCCAGGUAGCCAUAACUUCCCCUUUCAGUGAACUUUGCGGAACUCUGGGAAACACAGUCAUGUUCUGGCUGUACCAUCUGGGGAUGGUGCCCACAUCCUCACCACCGGCAUUCCAGCAAGACCAGGGCCUGUUGGUGUGGCACGGCAGCCGGAAUUACCCUCGCCCCUGCACUGCCCACGGCAUGCCCACUGCCUACCACGGUCUCGCCCUACCUAUGGGACCAGUGUGCAACUUCGUUUGGGGCUUCCCUGAGGCCACGCGUUUUUCCCCGGGCCCGGCCAGCUGGAUGAAAGGAAGAGAGAGUGGACAUGUCUUCAGUCACGUUCAGAUGCACAGUGUGGAUUCCAGAAUGCACAGAUGGGUAUCACUGGGAUCCUCAGACCCAACACUGCAAAGACAUAAAUGAAUGUGAAACCAUCACAGAGGCAUGUAAGGGGGAGAUGAAGUGCUUUAACCAUUACGGUGGCUACCUGUGCCUCCCCCGCUCUGCUUCUGUGAUCCCUGCUCCCGAACCCCCCAACCAAAUCCGCCCUGGCCUGGACGACACAGCCCGUGAGCCCUACAACCCCUGCCCCAGUGGCUAUGAGCCGCAGGGCGACAGCUGUAUGGAUGUGGAUGAGUGUGCACGGGAUGAACAUGACUGCCAGCCCAGCCAGGAGUGCUUCAACACAGAGGGCUCAUUCACCUGCCAGUGCCCCGGGGGAUACCGCAAAGUGGGAACAGAGUGCAUCGACAUUGACGAAUGCCGGUACCGCUACUGUCAGCACCGCUGCGUUAACGUCCCCGGGUCUUUUUCCUGCCAGUGCGAGCCAGGCUUCCAGCUGGCUGGCAACAAUCGCUCCUGCAUCGAUGUGGACGAGUGUGACAUGGGCGCCCCCUGCAGUCAGAGGUGUUAUAACACCUACGGAACCUUCCUUUGCCGCUGUGAGCAGGGUUAUGAACUGGGGUCAGAUGGAUUCGCCUGUAAAGACAUCGAUGAAUGUAGCUACUCCAGUUACCUGUGCCAGUACCAGUGUGUGAAUGAGCCUGGCAAGUUCUCCUGCAUCUGCCCAGAGGGCUAUCAGCUGCUGGGCACUCGACUCUGUCAAGAUAUAAAUGAGUGUGAGACAGGCACGCACAAGUGUGCCGAUGGCCAGACCUGUGUGAACAUCCACGGCGGUCACCAGUGUGUUGACGCAAACCGCUGUCAGGAGCCCUACGUCCAAGUAUCGGACAACCGCUGUGUGUGUCCAGUCGCGAAGGCUGGCUGCCAAGACCUGCCUUUCUCCAUCGUGCACCGCUACAUGAGCAUCACGUCGGAACGCUCCGUCCCCUCGGACAUCUUCCAGAUCCAGGCGACCAGCGUCUAUCCCGGAGCCUACAACACCUUCCGCAUUCGCUCGGGAGAUGACAAUGGAGACUUCUACAUCAGGCAAAUCAACAACAUCAGUGCCAUGUUGGUGCUAGCCCGUGCGGUGAAUGGACCCAAAGAGUAUGUUCUGGACUUGGAGAUGGUAUCGGUCAACCCACUGAUGAGCUACCAGACCAGUUCUGCUCUUCGCUUAACAGUCAACGUAGGGCCCUAUGCUUUCUAAAAGGGAGCUUAGAAAUGCGGGGGCGGGGUAUGUGGAGUGGCUAAUGAAAGGGAGAGUGGUGAAGAUAAGGAAGAGAGGGGAGACUAACAUGUCAAGCGAGGAUGAGAGCACUUGAGCUGGAGAUACUUGCAUAAACGUGUGAUCUUCACCCCAAGUUUAUGAGAGCAAUGCUGUAUAUCACCCGAAACUGAACAAACUACACAACUACUAUGUUGCUUAAUGAUGGCCUUGAAGACAGGCACUAAGACUUACAGAUACAGUUGUACUACACUCAGUCUUACUUGUGUUGUGUAUGAAAUAGCAAAGGCAGCAGCUGCACUAUGAUUUCAAAAUCUGCUGUAUGGCCUAGACCUUAUUUUGCUUUCAUCUGGCUUUUCCAGUGUCUCUCAUGUCAUCCAGAGUAUUUUUAUUUUUUUUAGGAUGUGUACUUUCUGUUGUUGCAUUUGCGUUUAAAUACACACGGUAAUCCACAGCCCUUGCUGAUGGUCCAGCAUAAUCACAUACACCCCCCCCCCCCACCCAAGAUUUUUGUAGCAGCAACUACCAAUGUUAAAGCACAAAUGCUGUUUGCGACUCUGCAUACCAUCAUGAUCAUGAUCACCCUGCCUUACGGCUAGUGUGAACUCUGAAUCACAGCCAUUAUGCAAUAACCACUCAGUACUACACCUAUACAUCUCUACCCCCUCUGCCCUCCAAAACCAUCACUAAUACUCAUAUUCAGCUUCUUCUUCUUCUUGUGUUGUGUGUGUGUGUGUGUGUGUGUGUGUGUGUGUGUGUGUGUGUGUGUGUGAUUAAUUUUUCAUACCAUGCUGUCAAUGUUGUAUUUUUCUGUCCUGCAAUUAUUACUGUAAUAAAUAUGAUAAUAUCACGUA